GCGAAACGAAGUUUUGUUUGAAGAGAGGAGUGAUCGAAUUUUGCAAUUUUUUAACAAUUAAAUAUACAAUAAGUAAAAAUAUUCAAGUGCUAUCAAUAGAUUUUGAUUAACUUGACUUAAGAAAAGUUAGAAGCACUUACUUAUCAAACAGUAAAGUAUGAAAACUUAAGAAGAUCAAGAUUUGAUAACAAAUAUACGGAAAAAUGUGAAACUUGCAAUACAUGUCAUUGUUUAUGUCUUCAUUUGGCUGGAGUCCACAGACUAGUUAUCAUCUUAUUAUGCAGUUAACACUGUAAUAGCGGUCAUGAUUCAUAAGGUUAUAGGUUAAGGGAUACCUAAUUAAGGAUUGAAACCCCAACUCUUGCGUAUAUUACAUUGUGCUCAGUUAUCUGAUAGUAACCGAUGAAAUGAUCGAGAGUGUAUCUCGUCGUGCGUUCAGCAGUUCGAGCGGCACCUACAACGUUCGUGCCUCGGAACUGGCCCGCGAACGAAAGCUUAAUAUCUUCAAUGUCACCGUCGUGUUUUUGGACGAUACCCAGCAAUUAUUUCAGAUCGAGAAAAAAGCCAAGGGAAGUGUGCUAUUAGAACAGGUUUUUCAAAACCUUGAGUUGGUUGAAAAGGAUUACUUUGGCUUGCAAUUCACUGAAAAUGGUUUACCUCCUAAUGCUACAAAUACAGAGCUAACACGUUGGCUUGACAGUGGCAAAUCAGUUAAAAAGCAAGUCGGUGUCAAUCCGCAUUUCUGGCUGGCGGUACGCUUCUAUCCUCCUGAGCCGAGUCGUUUAGCCGAAGAGUACACGAGAUAUCUUCUUUGUCUCCAACUGAGAAAACUGCUUCUGGAUGGAAGAAUGAUAGCUCCGAAGAAUACAGCACUUCUACUGGCUUCAUUUACUGUACAAGCCGAACUCGGUGAUUAUAACGCCACCGAGCACCAGAACAACUAUCUGUCAGAGCUGUGUCUAUUACCGAAACAGAGUCCUGAGGACGAGAGGCGUAUCAAGGAACUUCACAAGCUUCAUAAAGGUCAAUCGCCCGCUGAUGCUGAAGCGAACUUUCUGGAACACGCGAAGCGUUUGGAUUGCUACGGCGUUGAAUCACAUCCGGCUAAGGACUACAACGGGAAGGACAUACUGAUUGGCGUCACGUCAAUCGGUAUUGUCGUUUUUCAGAACAACAUACGAGUCAACACUUUCUCUUGGAGCAAAAUUGUUAAGAUAUCGUUCAAGAAGAAGCAGUUCUUUAUACAGUUGAAGCGAGAAGCCUCUGAAUCGUACGACACCGUGCUUGGCUUCAACAUGCGCUCGAGUCGUGCGUCGAAAGCCCUCUGGAGGUGUAGUGUUGAGCGUCACGGCUUCUUCCGUCUGCGGGCCCCCCGUCGCAAGGCCUUCCUCGGGGCCUGGGGGGCCCUCGCCGGGGUCACCGCCCCCGCUGUCAUAAGGACGGAGACCCAGGCCCUAGAAGACGCUAAACGAUCACGGUCGAUAAAUAGAAGUUUUGUACGUCGCAGUAGUUCCCGUAACCGUGACAAAUCAUCCGGGGCCUCCCCCGGCGUAGUGAGCAGCGCCCGGGGGUCACGCGUCACUGGUCACGACGAGCCCCCGCCGCGAGAGGCCUGGGGGGACGAAUUGCACAACAACGAAGACGAUAGCGACGGCGGCUUCCUGGAGCGCGUGUUCCGCGUGCCGUUGACUUAUGUUGACGAUUCAGAAUCUGAGUCGGUCACGGAGCGAGCGGAAGAAGAUCCGGCGGAAGGAGUUGUGUGCGUCAGACUCUACCCCGGGACCGACGGGCGGUACGGGUUCAAUGUGAGAGGCGGAGGGGGGGGAGCGGCCGUACUCGUGUCCAGGGUCAUGCCCAGGACGAGAGCUCAUCUGCAGGAAGGAGACCAGGUCAUAUCAAUAAACGGUACUGAUGUCGAAGAAAUGACCCACGAGCAAGUUGUUCAGACCAUAAGAAAUACAAAGGGAGUUCUAACUCUAAUGGUCAAACCCAACGCGGUGUACGAGCCGGAGGUGUGUGUGGAGGAACCGGCCGUUUGUUUCGUGCCGCUCGGCGCCGGCACCUUCGAGGGUGAUCUGCAGCAGUCGAUGUUGCUGCUGGGAGACGGGCUGGCGUCGGGGGCGGCACUGCGGCAGUACGACGCACUGCUGAGGCGAGCGGCGGACCGACCCGCCACCGCCGCCCGACUGCCCGCCAACCUCGCGAGGAACAGAUACAGGGAUAUCGCUCCAUAUGAUUCAAGUAGAGUGAUAUUAAAGAACGGCCCCAACGGUGAUUACAUCAACGCUUCCUACAUCAACAUGGAGAUAGCUAACUCUGACUUAGUCCUCACGUACAUCGCAACUCAAGGCCCGCUAGCGUCCACGGUUGGUGACUUCUGGCAAAUGGUUUGGGAAAGUGAGAGCAGUUUGGUGGUGAUGUUGACGGUGCUGGCCGAGCGAGGGCGGGCCAAGUGUCACCAAUAUUGGCCCAAAGUCGGGACCGCGCUCAAAGCGACCAAUUCAUUGACAGUGGUCACAAACAGCGAACAGAAUUUAGGACAUUACACGCAGAGGGAGAUGAGUUUGAAGGAUAGCAACGGUGCCAGUCGUGACGUCACUCAGCUGCAGUACACCGCCUGGCCCGACCACGGAGUGCCCGACGACCAUCAACAGUUUAUCAGCUUCGUGAGACUGUGCUCCCAGCUGAGGAACCAUCGAGCCGUAAUACCCACGGUAGUGGAAGACAUGUGUGGUCCGGAGAGAGUGCUCGAGCCGCCGAUGAUAGUCCACUGUUCCGCGGGCGUGGGGCGGACCGGCGCUCUCAUACUGGCGGAGACGGCGCUGGAGCUGCUAGGACGGAAGCAGCCGCUGUACCCCCUGGAUCUAGUCAGGGCCAUGCGCACUCAGAGACCAAUGUGCAUACAGAACGCGAGUCAAUAUAAGUUCGUAUGUGAAAGCAUUCAAUCUGCGUACGCGCAGGGUCUGACGGACGAGGGCGGGGCCAAUUGAUGUCUAACACCGUCCUACGAGGACACCGUUUAUACUAAAAUAGGACACAUUUGUACCACAGUAAGGUCGAUGCUCCCUUGCCAACCUUACACCGACUAAAUUUAGUACACUGUGAUGUGAACUAUAAGUGAACAUACGCCGCAUACUGAACAUGAAUAGCUGAGUGUAAUCAUUUGUACAUUAUAGUAACUAGGUGCAAUAGAACGUGUGUGUCACAGAUGUAUAAUAUAUUAUUUACUUUGUUCUGUCAUAGGACAGAUGUCCGUGUGAUAAUAUCUCUGUAACUUGGAGCUGUCGGUUCUCGUAACAUCUAACUCGAAUAAUGAAACAUAUCAUGUCUAACAAUAGCUUAAGAUAUUUAUUUAUUAUUUUUUCUUAUUUCUAAGUAAGUGACUCGCCUUGACACGAAUUUAACGUUUCCUUUGUAUAUAACCUAAGUGACUGUGCCAUUAUUUUUAUUCACACUGCUCGUUGUGUUUCACACGCGUCUAGUUUGAUGGUAUUUAGAUAUUUUGUAAGUAGCAUCAAUACGUAAUGUUUGAUACACACAGAUGUGUUCUCGGCUAUGGACCUUUAUUGCCAGAAUCGCCUAGUGAUAAGGUUAUGACAAAUAAAUACUAGUUUCUGAAAAAUUUAUACGUAAUAAUAAUAAUAAUAAUGUGUCCCUCGUCGAUAUAUUUUUACCAGUUUCAUAGUUAAUUCAUAUCUAAAGCGAUAUUAGACUGAUAAAAAUUACACUGGUAAAAGUUGUAAGACACCGAAUUACGAUUGAAAUUAGAGGUUUGUGUAGAAGCGUGUGUGGACUUGGUAGUGGAACGUUUAAAUUAUAUCUAAGUCAACAAACUAAAGUGAUCCUUAAUCGAUGAUAAUAAGGUUUACAUUUCUUAAAUUAUUUAUAUUCUGUCCUUGCUGUCAAUUUAUGUUUACCACUAUGUCGUGUUAAGCGACAGUCCCCUGGCUCGUUUGGCUGAUGGGUAGGUGUUGUUUCUAAAACGUAGCGUCUUGCAAUUUUUUUUACGAUCUGUCAUUUGAAUUGAAUGGUUUUUUAAAUAAUUCUCAGUAUUAUUUUUGAAGAGAUAAUAUUUUUAAAUUUCAGUAUAAAUAUUAAACCGAAGUCAACAUUUUCAUUGCAAGCCGCUAGACCGCAUGUUUGAAGUAAUUUCUUAAUAAAACUAAGUAUUACAUCUAUCGUAAAAUUAUUUAAGUCAAACUCAAACUAUAUUUUUGUUAUUAAUUUAUUUUUAUUUUUUUCUAUGAGAAAUUUAUUUUUUUGCCUUUAUAAUAUUUUCCAGUCAUAAUUUUAUAUAAAUUUUACUUUUACGAACGUCACUUCCUGUUUCUUUAUUUCUAACCGCGUUUUUAAUCAUCUUAAAUUAUUACUAUUUUAAUUUUUUCUUGCCAAAAUUUAACAAAAUUAAUAUAUCUCAGAUGUACAUAUGUGUUCAUCUACUUAACUAGUGUUAUGCAAGAGGGAACAAUUUAUUUUAAUUAAUUUAAAUGUCUGAUUAUUAUUCCUUAUUGCAUAACGCCGGCGGGUCUAAGACCGCGAAUGACUGACGUAGUGUUAAGUUGGGUGUUUGGCAAUAGUUUAAAUAAGUAUGUUUUGAUUCGCAUGCGCUGAGGAUUUCGUUGGAGCAAAACGACAUUGACCUCUCGUGCUGUAACAUCGAACAAAAAUUGACCUUAUCUCUUACACGAUAAGAGUUAAAUUUGUCCAUUAGGAAUUCAAGGCGUAAGCGAAUAAAACUGGUGUUACAUUUUCUACCUAGUGAUGUCUUUAUACAGUGCUGUGCAUAUUUUUCUGUGACGAAUAAAAUUUUAACGAAA